UGGUGUGGAGUCAUUUAGGGAUUGGUUUUGCAAAUUUGUAUUGAUUAUGUGGACUGGAAUGAAUGGCGAACAAGUCCAACAAAGUAAAUUUGUCUUAUAAGGCAACGCUAUUUCCUUGAAGUUUCAUGCAUGAACCAAUAACAACCAGAACAAGACUUUUGACUUCUCAUCUCAUAAUGAAUUCCUAUAAGAACUCUUUACCUUUCUGGGAAUUCCUUCAAUCGCUUGACCAAUUAAUUAACCUAUACCAAUGGUGGCCACAUCACUUGCCAUAGAUCUCAAUCUUAAUCCCUUCCCCAGAACCACUCAUGAUCAUCAUACCCCAGUUGAGGUUGCUGAAGUUCAAACUCGUUUUUACGAUGAUGAUGGGGAGGAAGAGGAGGAUUAUUCAUUUGAAAAACAGGUUGAUCAUGGUAUGGUUGGGGAAUUAAGCAGCGAAAACAGGAAGCUGAAGGAGAUGCUUACAGUUAUAUGGGGCCAUAACAACUCUCUCCAAACUCAGGUCAAGAAACUAAUGCAAGACAAAGAAUUAUUAGUCUCAAAUCCAAAUAAACGGAAGUUGGAUGAGACGGUUAUCGAACAAAACUCCUGGAACCGGCCAAAUGAGGACAACUUACCCAAGACGGGCAUUCAAAGAGUUUAUGUUAGAACAGAUCCAUCCGAUAAAACCCUGGUAGUGAAGGAUGGAUACCAAUGGAGAAAAUAUGGGCAAAAGGUGACCAGAGAUAACCCAUCUCCUAGAGCUUACUACAAGUGUUCUUUUGCACCAACAUGCCCAGUCAAGAAGAAGGUGCAAAGAAGUGUGGAUGAUGCUGGUGUUGUUGUUGCGACGUAUGAAGGAGAGCAUAACCACCGAAGCAGUAAGCAGGAGGCGGCAUACGCUCUAGCCAACCAACACGAGAUAUUUAGUGAGGAAAGAAGAUCAAUGGUGGUGCCAAAGGCCUUUGAUCAAGUUUUGGUUCAAAAAAUGACUGAUUGUCUAACAAAAGACCCUCAUUUCACUCAACAACUUGCUGCCACCAUUUCCUCCAGGAUUUUGGACUUCGAUCUGUGAUCAUGAGUAUAUAUAUACAUAUAUAUGUUACGGUUCCUCCAUCUAUAUGAUGAUGGUGUAGACACCAGAAAGAUUAUAUCGGUAGCAACUCCAAGGUCAUGUAUGCGUAUACGAGUCGUUAAUUAGGUUGUAUCUUUUCGUAGUUUUGUAUUCCGGCCGGUCAGUUAGUUAAUUAGUUAGGUAGCGCGGUUGUAAAGAGGAUUCCUUCGAUCUUGAUGCUAUUCAUUCCAUCUUCAAUCUCUGAAGUUAUUAAC